AUGAACCACUGGCUAAGCCCCAACUUCUUUGCAUUCUUUUCGGCCACUGUGAUCUCGGUGGCUUUCCUCGGAGAGAUGUUAUGUACUUGUUUCAACUUAGUGGGCUUCAACUGGCUUGCCUCGUCGGAGUCUACCGAGCUCGAAAUGGUUGUGAUUGAUUGGUUGGCCAACAAGCUCAAGCUUCCAAGUUCCUUCAUGUUUUCAGGCACUAGUGGUGGUGUUCUCCAAGGCACCACCAGUGAAUCAAUCCUCUGCACCCUCAUUGCUGCCAGAGAUCAGGCACUCAGGAUCGUCGGAGUUCAUAACAUCAGAAAGCUCAUCGUCUACGGCUCCGAUCAGACUCAUUCUACGUUCACGAAGGCUUGGAAGUUAGCUGGUACAUUUCCAUGCAACAUCAGAUGGGUUGGUCCCACUUUACCUUUGGGGACCCCGUCAACGACUGUCGUUCAUCAUUUGACUCAAAUUGGAAACCUUGCAAACGAUUAUGGGGUGAGGCUUCACGUAGACGCAGCUUAUGGAGGCAACGCAGGACACGUGGCAUCAACCCUGCUCUUGGCGAUCCUUGGUGCCAAGGACACGUGGUGGCAUCCCAACUCCUGUUGCCUCUCGGUGUGGAGGACAUGUGGUAGCAGCCCCGCUCUUGGUGAUCCUUCGUGUCGAGGAUAUGUGGCAACAUUCCAGCUCCUGGUGACCCUCGGUGCAGAGGAUAUGUGGUAA